AUGGCCGCUGCUCCCACUCGGCGGUCCGAGCAAAUGAAGUUACUCUCUCUGCGAAGUUUGGCACAUCACCUGGUGCGGGACUCUGGUUCCCGCUGCUGCCGGUGCCCCCUCGGAGCGAAAAGAAAUCUACUCACAGAUAAUAUUAUGAAGUUAAGAGAAUUUCAACAUAACAAGGUGAUUAUUGCACAUAGUAUUCCAGGCACAAAAGAAACCUAUUUCAGAAAUUUGGAAGACAAUCUGACCCAGAAUAAACUCAUCUUGAAGGAAGAGUUGAAAACCAUUCUUCACUUGUGUGACUCCCGGGAUGAUGUGCCACUGACUAAAAGAGUCAUUUUCAGGUAUCAUGCUGAGAACAGAAAUGUGAAUUUGACAGAAUAUAAGUUUGGACCACUCUUCAUGAGGCUCUGCUAUGAGUUGGAUCUUGAGGAAUCUGCCUUGGAGCUCAUUAAAGACCAGCGUUUACGAGGUUUCUUUUCAGAUGGCACAUCAUUCAACAUUCUCGUGGAUAUGCUAUUUAUCAAAGGCAAAUAUAAAAGUGCACUGGAGGUAUCGAUAGAAAUGAGGAAUCAAGAUGUGAAAUUCAACAAAGAUACCCACAUCGUUGCAUUUGCAAUUUGCUACAAACUGAAUAGCCCUGAAUCUUUUCAAAUCUGUACUACUUUGAGAGAAGAAGCCCUACUCAAAGGAGAAAUUCUCUCCAGGAGAGCUUCAUGUUUUGCUGUGGCCUUAGCUGUGAAUCAGAACCAGGUGGCAAAAGCUGUAUCGAUUUUUUCUCAAAUCAUGAAUCCAGAAAGCAUAACCUGCAUUGAUUUAAACUGAUUAUCUUCAAAUAUUGUUAUUCAUAUCCACACCAAUAUGUUGGAAACCCUACUGGCAAUACUGAAAGAAACUGCCUAAGGAAGUUUAUCAAGCUUUGUGAAAAGGCACAGAUUCUCAGAAGAAGUGCUUGCCUCAGUGAGGGAAAAAGUGAAGGAUAUCCCCAACCUGCUAACCAGAUUUGAUGAGAUAUAUGAAAAACUGCAAGUGUCUGGCCAAGUCACCACACACAGUUUGGAUGCUUUGCUCUGUUGUACCCCCACAGACAGGGCAAACCACACGGACCUGUUAAACAAGAGGAUAUUCAGCCGCCAGGCUUCCCAGACACUCAGCCAGACCCUGUUGUCUGAGUAA